UGGCAAUCUAUGCUGUGGAUAAUAUUGUAAUUUCCAUGAGAGAGCUAAGGAUCCGAUAUGGUGAGUCACUUGUCUAAAGUCAUACAACUAGCAUGUUAUGGAAUCAGGAGUCAAACCUGGUUUGUCGGAUCUGAAGUCCAUCUCCUUUGUGAGCUUUUAUAGAGUCUGUUUUCUUCUUUAUUUCUAAUUUCUUCCCAUUCUGAUUCCCACUGAGUAGGGGACAGGAGCCAGCCAAGUUCGCCUGACCUCGGUCAACCAGGCCUUGCACACUUGGUCCCAGCCCAGCUUUGCUAUUGCCUUGCUGUGUGAUCUUGGCGCCCUCCCCAGGCCCACAGCCAUGGCCAUAGCCCAGAAGCUCAGCCACCUCCUGCCCAGUCUGCGACAGGUCAGCCGGGAGCCUCAGCCAUCUGUGCAGCUAGAGCCCAUCUUCACGGUGGGCCGAGCGGAGGUGCCACCCCUUUUCUGGAAGCCGUACAUCUACGUGGGCUACCGGCCACUACAUCAGACCUGGUACUUCUACUUCUGCACACUGUUCCAGCAGCACAAUGAGGCGGUGAAUGUCUGGACCCACCUACUGGCAGCCCUGGUGCUGUUGCUGCGGCUGGCCGUGUUUGCCAGGACUGUGGACUUCUGGGGAGACCCGCAUGCACUGCCCCUCUUUAUUAUCAUCCUGGCCUCCUUCACCUACCUCUCCUUCAGUGCCGUGGCGCACCUCCUGCAGGCCAAAUCUGAGUUCUGGCAUUACAGCUUCUUCUUCUUGGACUAUGUGGGGGUGGCCGUGUACCAGUUUGGCAGCGCCUUGGUGCACUUCUACUAUGCCAUCGAGCCUGUUUGGCAUGCCAAGGUGCAGGCCUUUUUCCUGCCCAUGGCUGCCUUUCUUGCCUGGCUGUCCUGCACUGGCUCCUGCUACAACAAGUUCAUCCAGAAACCAGGCCUGCUGGGCCGCAUUUGCCAGGAGGUGCCAUCGGCACUGGCCUAUGCGCUGGACAUCAGCCCUGUAGUGCACCGCAUCUUGGUGUCCCCUGGCCCUGCCAUGGAUGACCCGGCCCUUCUCUACCACAAGUGCCAGGUGGUAUUCUUUCUGCUGGCUGCUGCUUUCUUCUCUACCUUCAUGCCUGAGCGCUGGUUCCCAGGCAGCUGCCACGUCUUCGGGCAGGGCCACCAACUGUUCCAUGUCUUCUUGGUGCUGUGCACACUGGCUCAGGUAGAGGCUGUGGCGCUGGACUAUGAGUCUCGGCGGCCCAUCUACGAGCCUCUGCACACCCACUGGCCCCACAACUUCUCUGGCCUCUUCCUGCUCACUGUGGCCAGCAGUUUCCUCACCGCGUUCCUCCUGAGCCAGCUGGUACGGCGCAAACUUGAUCAGAAGACCAAGUGAAGGGGGUUGCAGCUGGUAGGGAGGGAGGUAUAGUGGGGGGACAGGGGUCUGGGCUUGGCUCCAGAUGGGAACAAGUCCUGGUAAAGAUGUUUGUGUCUGGCC